UUGUGUUUCACUACUACAGUGUCCGCCCUACUUCCUUGUAGCCGUCCAUUUCCUUUCACAACAGAGCACACUCAAGAUAUACGAGCAGGACGGUGUUCCAGGUUCUCCUGGCCUGACCGGUUCGGUUGUUGAAAAGGCUUUGUUUUGUUGACUUCCCUGACGUUGGUUGCUAUAUGACUACCGUGUUGCCAACAUAUAAUUUACGAGCUCCCUGAGCGAUUCUUACUUCUGCUUUUCGCUAUUUCCCACCACUUGCCUACGACUAUGUCUAUUCGCCUCAUCAAGACGCCCUUUUCCUCGCCUUCUUCUCUUCAUCCUCUUUCUCCACCGCCACCGGCCACGAUGCAGGCAUCUUUAACUCUAUCGACCACAAUCGUAGCCCGCGGCCUUCCACUCCCAAAACGGCCGCUGCCUUCCGACAAGCGGCUGCUAGACCUCGGGGGCCUCGACCAGGUGGUGGUCAGAGUGUCGUAUCAACCUCUUCUUUCACUCAAGGGGAUGGUGUGACUGCUGCGGUAUCUAGGCCUAGCAUUCCCAGGCGGCCCUCGUACCUCCGUGGUAGGACUAGUCCGUACGCUCACGCACUCUCUCCGAAAGGAGUUUCAAGAAACGCCAGGAUCGUGCCACUGCAUUCCGGAGCAUCGGGCUUCAACGCUGUUCAUGAAGAGGACGAGUCCGAAUGCGAACCGGAGGAAUCAACGAAUCGGAACCAAAAUCGCUACACGCACCAUCACACUUACGAUCCCACGACUCACCGCCCGCUGCCUGAUGUAGUACUUCCAUCCACGUUCUACAAGCCCCUUCCUACUGUGGAUUCAUAUAACGCAGCUGACCCCAACGCUUUUGCAAAACAAGUGGCUGGGCUUCUACUCAGUCGCGUGCUCGAUGGGCGAUCCUCGCCGAGGUCCAAGGAAAACAGGUCAUAUGUGAAGAGCAGCUUGUCCAGAGUUGCCGUUAGCAUUUGAGCAUUCCCGGUAGGCACCCUUGAUGUCACACGUUGGAACCUUGCUGAUUCGGGUCUUCAGAUAUUGAGUUUGACGGAGUGGCGUCCAUUGAGUGCUGUGUAUGACCUGUCACGAUUCGAUCUUUCCCUUUUCUUGGGCUUAACUUUAUAGAGGCGCUCGCGCUACAUUUUUUUCCCACCUACCUGUUACUGCUGUCACACCAUCAGCACUGUUCUACCGUUAUGUACUUGCAUCUGUAUAUCACACCAUCUGACUAGCAUUCAGUACUUCUGAAGGAGGAAAUGUAGUAUCAAAAUAUGUUCAAGUCGCAUUCAAUGUACCCAAGUCUCGUUUUGUUGAUGUUCAUUUCUACAUUUCUUCAUCGGAGAU